AUGGCCGCUUUUUUUGGGUGUUACCAAGCUUCAAAUGAGGCUUGUGGUUUCACGGAUGUGGAAAAUCUUGUUAGGCUUCAAGAUAGCUUAAAGGGGUCAGCUUUGGAAAGCGUUCGGGGACAGUUGCUGUUCCCAAAAUCAGUGCCAAAAGUCGUCAACAAACUUCGCCAGCUGUAUGGGCGCCCGGAACAGCUACUGCAAUGCAACCUUGACAAGGUACGGCGCUUAGAAGCCCCGAGGGCAGACAAAUUGGGAACGUAUGUCCCGUUUGGCAAUGCUGUAGAGCAGCUGUGCGACCAUCUAGAGGCAGUGAAUAUGAAGCAACAUCUGAUCAAUCCUAUUCUUAUCCAGGACUUAGUCGAUAAACUCCCGGCUCACGACAAACGUGAAUGGGUCCAAUUUAAAAACCGAAAGAAGAAAGUGAAUCUUCGUACUUUCACCGAAUUUGUAUCGAAAAUCGUCGCAGAAGCUUGCGAAGCCAACGUGAAGAUGGAGUUCAGAUCGGAAACGAAACCGAUGACUCAUGAGUAUACGGGCAAAAGCAAACAGAAGGAAAAGGAAGCACACGUUUAUAAUCAUAGCGCAGAGGAAAAGUCAAACGCAGGACCCAGUGGGAAUCAUCCCAAACCAUGCAGAGCGUGCAAAAGGACUAAUAACCGUCUCAGAUUUUGCCAAGAUUUCAAAGCGAUGUCUCAGUCGGACCGUCUGAAGCUGGUCGAAAAGGGAAAACUCUGUUUUAUUUGCUUGAACGAUCACGGUAACGCUCCGUGCAAGUUCAAAAUUCGUUGCAACAUUGACAAUUGCAGAGAGCGACAUAAUCCUCUUCUUCAUUCCAUCACCGAGUCCGUGGCAAUCAACGCACACUUCCGGAGUACCACAACCAUUCUUUUCCGUAUGCUCCCUGUGACGUUAUAUUGCGAUGAAGGGUCAGUUGACACCUUGACGUUCCUGGAUGAAGGUGCGUCUGUAACCCUCAUCGAAAAUGUUUUAGCCGAGCAACUCGGUGCUCAAGGUACGAAGGAAAAGCUGACUAUUAAAUGGACGGCCGACAUCAUGCGCGUUGAGAAAGAAUCACGGCGUAUGAGCUUGCUGAUAUCCAGACGAGGAAGUACGGAGAAACAUCAACUCAGCGCAGUCAGAACAGUCGAAGAGCUGUUGCUUCCAAAGCAAUCGUUCGAUGCUUCCGAGGUAAUCAGCCGUAUGAAAAAUCUUCGGGGACUUCCAAUAGCAUCGUACAAAAAUCAACGUCCAGGUUUGUUAAUCGGCCUGAAUAACCUGCAUCUUUUAGCGCCGAUUGAAACAAGGAUUGGUGAGCUCGAGGAACCCAUAGCGGGUAUCACGACGCAGUCAGCAAUCAAGACCGUGGCCGUGAAGCUACCAGAAUCGGACGAGAAUCGUAGAGCUCGCGAAAUUAUGGAAAGGACCACUAGAAGGGUUGGGGUUCGGUUUGAAACGGGGUUGAUAUGGGACGACGAAGAUGCUGAGCUUCCAGACAGUUAUCCGAUGGCUCUCAAGAGGAUGAAAUGUUUAGAGCAACGUCUUCUGAAGGAUCCCGCUCUGUUCGAGAACGUAUGCAAUCAGAUUGAGCAGUACCAGCAAAAGGGCUACGCGCACCUUGCGACCGCUGAAGAACUGGCUGAAAUCAAACCAGGCAAAGCAUGGCAUCUUCCACUCUACGUCGUGGUCAAUCCCAAAAAGCCCGGAAAAGUUCGCAUUGUGUGUGAUGCAGCAGCUAGCGUAAGAGGUAUAUCUCUAAACUCUCUACUCCUCACGGGUCCUGAUGUUCUUGUGUCCAUUCUGGCGGUGUUCUGUCAGUUCCGGGAACGACCAAUCGCUAUUGGAGGUGAUAUCCGCGAAAUGUACCAUCAGAUGCUGAUUCGUUUGGCGGACAGAAGGGUGCAACGGUUUUUGUUUCGCCGAAGCACCAAGGACGAACCUAGUAUCUACGUGAUGGACGUAGCAAUUUUCGGAUCAAAGAGUUCUCCUUGUUCGGCCCAGUUCGUCAAGAACAAAAACGCGAUGGAAUUUGCAGUGCAAUAUCCGAGAGCCGCUGCAGCAAUCGUUGAGAAACAUUACGUCGAUGACUACUUCGACAGUGUGGAUACCAUCGAAGAAGCGGUUCAGCGCGCAGAGCAGAAUAUUGACGACGAGAGUUUGGUUAAAUGGAAGAAGUGGUUAGAGCUGUUGCCGCUUGUGGAGCAGAUUCGUAUUUCGCGACGAUACUUCAACAAAACGCUCUCUUUGGAAAUCGACAAUCUUGAGCUACACAUAUCCACCGAUGCCAGCAUAAACGCUUAUGGUUGCGUAGCGUAUUUUCGUGCAACAAUUGGCGAUCAAGUUAAAUGGUUGUUGGUAAUGUCCAGAUCUAAAGUAGCUCCUCUUAAGCUGCAGUGCAUUCCCCGGUUGGAGCUGAGAGGAGCCGUCCUUGGGGCAAGAAUGCUACAAACUGUCGAAGCUACUCAUUCGAUUCCCAUCAAUCGUCGCUUUUUCUGGACGGAUUCUCAAACCGUUAUGAAUACGCUGACAAAAUGGGGCAAAGGACCACCUUUGAGAUCCGAUGCAGAGUGGUUUAAUGGUCCAAGUUUCCUGUAUCAAUCGGCAGAAAACUGGCCAACAGAGAAACUGCCGCAAUCUAAUACGGAAAUCGAAAUGAAAGCAUGCCUGUUACACCACGAAAUAAAGGAACUUUCUGAGUCCGUAAUCGACGUGAAGUUCAUUGACAAUCUCCGUCGCAAAGUGAAGGGACUUCCAAUACAUACGCUGCAGGCAACUGAGAAGCUGAAGAAGUUGUUAAAGUCGAACCAUAAAGGAACGCUACAACCAUUACAGCAAGACGAGUUUCUGAAGGCCGAAUUGAUUUUAUGGAGGCAGGCACAACUAGAGGCGUUUCCAGAUGAGGUAGUAGCGCUUUUGGGAAACGACUUAUCGGAAAAGAAGCGGAAACCAAUGCAGAUCGGAAAACGGAGCUUAUUGUAUAAACUUACUCCGAUCGUUGACGAGAACGGUGUGCUUAGGAUGGACGGCAGGAUGGCAAAUUCGAAGACAAUAUCUUUCAACACGAAGUUUCCCAUUAUUCUACCGAAAGAGCAUGCAGUAACUAAGCGAUUAAUACAACAUUACCACGAAAAGUUUGGCCAUGCGAACCGGGAAACGGUUCCAAAUCUGCCAACUGAGAUCCGGAAAGUCGCAUCUGACUGCAUCUGGUGCAAGGUGAACCGUUAUUAUGCAGAAAUUCCGAUGAUGGGACCCCUUCCGGUUCAGCGAAUUAGUCAACCACUUCGGCCAUUCAGUGCUGUUGGUAUCGACUAUCUAGGGCCAGUGGAGGUUAUCGUGGGUCGCAAAAGAGAAAAGCGGUGGAUAGCACUGUUCACAUGCUUGGCUAUCCGCGCAGUGCAUCUAGAGGUGGUGCAUCUGCAUGCAUUGUCGACGCAAGCUUGCUUGAUGGCCAUUCGACGAUUCAUUUGUAAACGCGGGGCUCCAGACGAAAUCUUCUCCGAUAACGGGACAAAUUUCAAAGGAUCCAGUAAGGAGCUGAUUUCGUGGGUGAAAAGGAUUAAUUUGGAAUGUGCCGAUUCAGUAGUUAGUAGCCAACUCAAAUGGAAUUUUAAUCCUCCUGGUACUCCACACAUGGGAGGUAUUUGGGAGAGGAUGGUUUGUUCGGUUAAAGAAGCGAUGAAAGUACUGGAUGACGGAAGCCGACUGACGGAUGAAGUAUUGCUGACUACUUUGGCCGAAGCGGAAGACAUGGUGAACACUCGACCGCUAACCUAUGUUCCCCAAGAUUCAGCGGACUUCGAAGCGAUAACACCGAACCAUUUCCUUCGAGGUUUGUUCAAGCCAGUCGAUGGUCAUGUGGAUAAGUCAACAGACUACGGUGAAGCAUUGCGCGAUCUAUACAAACGUUCGCAAUAUUUGGCGGACCAAAUGUGGCGGCGUUGGUACAGAGUAUUUACCGACAAUCAACAAGCGCACCAAGUGGUUUGCUGA